UUCGUCUGUUUUGCUUCUUCAGAGUCGGCAUUCAGAAUCAGCCAAAAACCUUCCAAUCCCACUAUUGUGGUGCUUGGAGUAAACAGCAGCCAAGUCACACUUGUGUGGCGGUAUACUGAUGCACCAGGUCAGUAUUUCGUUCAGUUUUGGAGACAGAAAACUGGUGAAAAAAUUACACAAAUAUCAACAAGCAAGAAUGGGAAUGCGUUCGACCCGAGCGACACAGAAGAAUUCGUUGCUCGGCUUCCUGCUACACUAAUACUUAAGAGCGUGAAAGCAAGUGAGAAUUAUACCUACAGUCUUUUUUUGCUGGAUUCUAAUGCCAUAACGAAGGACACACACGCAGUUUCUAUCAAAGUGGUUGGUAAGUGAAGCUGUUUAAUGAGAUUCUUUGAUACACUUUGUCUUGUAGUUACUUCGUACGUCAAUAACUUAAUUGUGUUUUAUGGUAACGUACCAAACUUUAUAUAUAAGCCUCUCUCUCUUUGCGUGAAAUCAUUUUAAUUCGAACUUUUUUCGCAGGGAAUGAUAAGCUUAUUUUAUAAAUGCAAAAUCAUUGUACCAUCUAUAACGACACGGUUUCAACGCAAUUGUACUUUCAGUGUUUCAAACGGCUUGUUACCUUUUAGCCGCGAUUGACGUAGUUAUUCUUUCAUGAGACACUAGGAAUGACUGAAAUUCCUGUGAAUUGAUUGUUAUGUUUAAUUUUGUUUUUUCUUUUUUUGCUGCUUGAAGUUGUAUUUCUGUGAUGAAGACUGGAAGUUAAGCUCACGCUUGGGUUAUGUUAAUGCGAAUUGUGCAACCAAUAUACAUGUAAAGUGUACAUGCACGAUUUUGUUCUUGCUUUUGCAACAAUAUUCAUGAGGAAAAAAUUUCUUGAAAACCAUUCGGUGUGAUUUUGUUGUAUUAUGUUCACUAAGGUAUUCUGAUCCACACUUUCGAUAGAGUCAUUGCUAAAUAUUAACAGCCAAUCGGCCUGUAUUGUCAUUACUCCCAUAUAUGUCAGUUUUGCAUGAGUCAUCUCGCGUUGAAUAUUUAUAUCUGAAUGGCUCAUUUACUGCUUACAACAUUCAAGUAGUUAUCGACUUGUAAGGUCAUAGAAAAUCACAAGCACUAAACGAUCUUUUAUCAUUUUUCAUUGCUCGCUUGAAGGUACGCAACCGUUGACUCGGAAAAUUUGAAUGUCUUUUGUUUAUUGAAAUUUGCGUUAAUAGCAGGCUGUGUUUUCCUCAUGAUGUAGUAAGUUGAUUUAUUCACAUGAUGUUUAACCCAUCGUAACUCCCACAGUCCUACUCAGGGUGCUGCGUGAAACGUUUGAAUUAAUGAUUGCUUGGAAGGACAUGCAUAUCUACUGACAGUAGUCAGAGCUUUUACUAAGGGAUUGUUCAUGGGGUUUUAGUGAACUGAAUUUUCAAAGAAACUUCCUAACCCCAGGGAGAGAAUGCCAUUGGGUUGUUGGAUUAGCCCCAGUAUUUUUCAGGUUUCUCUUGACUGGUACUUAUUUACACUCUUGGGUGGAGAGAGGCACUGCAAGGGUAAAUUGUCUUGUUUAAGUUUACAGUACAUUGACCCAUCAAGGGCUUGAUUACAGACUUUCUGUUCCAUGCAUCUCUCACUUAACAACAUAAUAUGUGUAUGCAGGUAUCAGUUGAAUAAAUGUUAGCAUUACUAAUAAUAUUAUUUACAAGAAUUCUCCUCAGUAGUUAUUAGAUGGCUGAACUCUUGUCUCCCCAUUUUUAUUUACACCAUUCUCUUGAUGAUGGCACUGCCUUUGAUAUGGCAGUUUCUCAGAAAUGUAUGUAACAUUUUAUACCAUGUAAUAAUCGUGAUAAUUUCACACAAUCUAAAUGCAUAUCUUAAAUUGUUAUUCCCAGUACCUCCAGAAAUAACUAUCCCACCAGAACCAAGGCCUUUACUUACCAUUGGAAAAAACUACACUCUGACCUGCAAUGCAUCUGGUGACCCUUUGCCAAAGAUUACAUGGACAAAAAGAUGGAAUCCCAGCUGAAGAGUUUAAUGUGACAGGUUACAAGCUUCAUUUGACUGAUGUGAAGUUGAAGGAUGUGGGAUCAUACCGAUGUACAGCUAGUAAUGGAUAUGGAGUCGAUGCCUCUAAUGUCAGUAUAGCUGGCGUAAAAUGUAAGUUGUCUGUCCUGUAUAUUCAAAGCUGAUCUUCUGAUUACAGCAUGUCAACAAUCACCAGUUAUAUAGUAAAUGUGGUAUAUAUUUGGCUUUGUUUCAUGAUAAAAUGGACUUUUCUACACUGUAUUUUGAAAACUAUUGCUUUCAAUCUCAAGUGGAAACAAAGCUAAGAUGAAAUAGGAUCACCUGCUAGCAGCUUUUUACUUUGAAAAGGUUUUUGAGUACAAGUCUUCCAGAGAUCAUGACAACUUGAUGGUUUAUCAUUUUCCUAAAAUAUAAAAGUACCCUUUUCCCCAUGCAUUUCAAGAUCUGAACUGAACUUUUGGAUGAUGAAAGAUUAGUUAUUUGACUUAAUUUAAUUUGAUUGAAAAAAUGAAGUAGGAAAAAAUAGUCCUGCUUAGAUAUAGUUUUGGAGUAACCUUAAAUUAUUGCUUAUUUUCUCUCUUUUUUCAUAUACCAAAGGUAAUGAGUGUGAAAUUAAGACUGUUGGAAUAACAUUAGAGAGUGAAACUUGGAAGUCAGCUUUGAAUAACAUGUAUGUGUACCAAUACACAGAGUCAAUUUUUGAGUUCAAAACAUUGCAGGCAAAUUUGUUAUCAGAAGUAAGUAUUUUCAUUUUUUUUUUUUUUUUUUUGCUUUUCUUUAGAGGAAAAUUUAAUUUGAAUUUUACUAUUAUCCAAUGUACAUUUUAUUCAGUGAAGAGUUUUAUUUACUUGAUUUAUGAUUCUGAACCAGGAAGAUAAGAUUUUAUAGUAUACAAUGCAGCCUUGAAUUUAUUCCUUAAAUUUAGUCUGGGAGAGUGGAUUGGUCAAAUUUAGUGGUGGAUGAAUGUUUUUUUUUUCAGCACCAACAAUGGUGCAUUUACACAUACAUGUAUCUGUAUUAGAAAUAUGAUGAUGUAAAUUUUCUGUGAAGCAAACCAAAAAUUGCUCUUUCAGGCACACAGACGAAUGAAAUUUUGUGUUCUGCAUGCACUUUACAUGUAUAUAUUUUUGAAUAGCACAUUUUGACAUUUUUGAUCCUUGUAAAAUAACAUAACUCUCUUCCUUGUGUUUAAGAUAUCUAAGGUUUACACCAAAAGUCCUGUAAAAGAAUUGUACAC